AACACAGCUCGGCGCCAGCACAACAUCUCCUCACACCCGACGUUUUACCCGCCACCCAUGCACCACGCUCUCCCCGCCCCCCAUAUUGGCGGGGAAAAUUUCAAAUUCCGUAAUUCAGAUAGAGGGAAACCUUAGGAACCUUUAAUUUUCAAACUCCAGCUCCACGCCCACUCUCGCUUCCCUCCCUAUAUAAAUCUGGCUCCCCGCUCUCGUUUCUAAGCGCCCAACACCUGCUCGACGAAAUUCCUUAGUGAGAGAGACAGAGAGUGAGAGAUUAGAGUCUGAAGAUGUAUGUGGUGAAGAGAGACGGGAGACAGGAGGCGGUGCACUUUGACAAGAUUACGGCGAGGUUGAAGAAGCUCAGUUAUGGUCUCAGCAGUGAUCACUGUGAUCCGGUGCUUGUGGCGCAGAAGGUGUGCGCUGGUGUCUAUAAGGGAGUUACCACUAGCCAGCUUGAUGAAUUGGCCGCUGAGACUGCCGCUGCUUUGACCGCUAACCACCCUGAUUAUGCUUCCUUGGCUGCCAGGAUUGCUGUUUCAAAUCUACAUAAGAACACUAAAAAGUCUUUCUCGGAGACGGUCAAGGACAUGUACAAUCAUUUCAAUGAUAGAUCUGGGCUAAAGGCUCCUUUGAUUGCUGAUGAUGUUUAUGAGAUAAUCAUGAAGAAUUCUGCUCGUUUGGACAGUGAGAUCAUUUACGAUCGUGAUUUUGAAUAUGAUUACUUUGGCUUCAAAACCCUUGAGAGGUCCUACCUUUUAAAAGUUCAAGGGAAGGUUGUAGAGAGGCCCCAACACAUGCUUAUGAGGGUUGCUGUUGGAAUUCACAAGGAUGAUAUUGAUUCUGUCAUCAAAACAUACCACAUGAUGUCUCAGCGUUGGUUUACUCAUGCUUCUCCAACCCUUUUCAAUGCUGGGACACCAAGGCCUCAAUUGAGUAGCUGCUUCUUGAUAUGCAUGAAAGGUGAUAGUAUUGAAGGGAUAUAUGAUACCUUGAAGGAGUGUGCUGUUAUCAGCAAGUCAGCUGGAGGAAUUGGUGUGUCUAUUCAUAAUAUUCGAGCAACAGGUAGUUAUAUUCGUGGAACAAAUGGUACAUCUAAUGGCAUUGUUCCAAUGCUGCGGGUCUUCAAUGACACUGCCCGUUAUGUUGAUCAAGGAGGUGGCAAGAGAAAGGGUGCUUUUGCUGUGUACUUGGAGCCAUGGCAUGCUGACAUUUUUGAGUUUUUGGAUCUGAGGAAGAAUCAUGGAAAGGAAGAGCAUCGGGCUCGGGAUCUAUUUUAUGCUCUUUGGGUGCCAGAUCUAUUUAUGGAAAGGGUGCAGAGUAAUGGGCAUUGGUCCUUAUUCUGUCCCAAUGAGGCUCCAGGUCUAGCAGAUUGUUGGGGUGCAGAAUUUGAGAAACUAUACACUAAAUAUGAAAGAGAGGGCAAGGCAAAGAAGGUUGUCCAGGCACAGAACCUUUGGUUUGAAAUUUUGAAAUCCCAGAUAGAAACUGGGACCCCUUACAUGCUGUUUAAGGAUACUUGCAAUAGAAAAAGUAACCAGCAAAAUCUGGGAACGAUUAAAUCAUCAAAUUUGUGUACUGAAGUAAUUGAAUACACAAGUCCAACAGAGACUGCUGUAUGUAAUCUGGCGUCUAUUGCCCUCCCUAGAUGUGUAAGGGAGAAGGGGGUUCCUCUUGAGUCACAUCCAUCUAAGCUUGUUGGGAGUAGGGGAUCUAAGAAUAGAUAUUUUGACUUUGAUAAACUGGCUGAGGUUACUGAAAUUGUUACAAGAAAUCUUAACAAAAUAAUUGACGUUAACUACUAUCCUGUUGAAACUGCAAGGACAUCUAAUUUACGACAUAGGCCCAUUGGUAUUGGAGUUCAGGGUCUUGCAGAUACCUUCAUCUUGCUUGGCAUGGCCUUUGACUCACUAGAGGCUCAACAGCUGAACAAGGACAUUUUUGAGACCAUUUACUACCAUGCUCUGAGAGCUUCUUCCGAGAUAGCUGCGAAAGAUGGCCCCUAUGAAACAUAUAUUGGGAGUCCUGUGAGCAAGGGCAUUCUUCAGCCUGAUAUGUGGGGGGUAACUCCUUCAAAUCGGUGGGAUUGGGAUGCUCUGAGGAACAUGAUAGCUAAGAAUGGAGUGAGGAAUUCACUUCUCUUAGCACCAAUGCCCACUGCUUCAACCAGUCAAAUCCUUGGAAAUAAUGAAUGUUUUGAGCCAUAUACUUCCAACAUUUACAGUCGUAGAGUUUUAAGUGGUGAAUUUGUUGUGGUCAACAAGCAUCUCCUCCAUGACCUAACUGAGAUGGGUCUCUGGUCUCCUGUUGUUAAGAACAAGAUAAUCUAUGAGAAUGGUUCUGUUCAGAAUAUCCCUGAAAUACCUGAUGAUUUGAAGGGAAUUUACCGGACUGUUUGGGAAAUCAAGCAAAAAACCUUGGUUGACAUGGCUGUAGAUCGUGGAUGCUAUAUCGACCAGAGUCAAAGCUUAAACAUCCACAUGGAUCAGCCUAAUUUCGGAAAACUGACUUCAUUACAUUUUUACGCAUGGUCCAAGGGUUUGAAAACAGGAAUGUAUUAUCUACGAUCUCGUGCUGCUGCUGAUGCCAUCAAGUUCACUGUUGACACUUCCAUGCUUAAAGAAAAGCCCAAGGUAGAAGAGGAUGAUGGUACCAAAAUGGCACAGAUGGUAUGUUCCUUAACAAACCGUGAGGAAUGCAUGGCUUGUGGAAGCUAAUCAGCUAAAUUUAGCAGUGGAGCAGCUCCAUAUUUAUAUAUAGAACAAAGCUUACAUUCUCUAAAAUCCAAGAUGCAGCAUCCUCUUGAAGUGUGCAGAUGGUGGUCUUUUGCUUCCCGUCUCAACAUGUUAGUAAGGACUAAGGAUUUGAAGUGUUGCAAAUGUAGUCUAAGAUUGUUAAGUUUAGAUUAUGUAUAUAGCUUUAUGUUUGCAGUACUUUUUUAAUAAGACUGCAUUUUAUAUCAAGGAAAUUCGAUUUGAUAGUUGGCCUAAUUUAAGGUAUAGAUGUGGCAAUUUAAACAUUGGGCUGGCUCAUUGAUACAGUGCCCUCCUAGCAUAUAUAUUGACGGCAAAAACUCUUCUUAAGUCCUCAAACUUACUCUAAAAUAACAUUUAAGUUUUUAA